GUGUAUAUAUCGAAUGUCUAUAAGAUGGCAAGAACCAAGCAGACCGCUCGUAAAUCGACUGGAGGCAAAGCCCCCAGGAAGCAGCUGGCCACCAAAGCUGCCCGCAAAAGCGCCCCGGCCACCGGUGGCGUCAAGAAGCCUCAUCGUUACAGGCCCGGCACCGUGGCUCUCCGAGAGAUCCGCCGUUAUCAGAAAUCCACUGAGCUGCUUAUCCGUAAACUGCCCUUCCAGCGUCUGGUAAGGGAAAUCGCUCAGGAUUUCAAGACCGACCUACGCUUCCAGAGUUCCGCCGUCAUGGCUUUGCAGGAGGCCAGUGAGGCUUACUUGGUUGGUCUGUUCGAGGACACCAACCUGUGCGCCAUCCACGCCAAGAGAGUCACCAUCAUGCCUAAGGACAUCCAGCUGGCCCGUCGUAUCCGCGGCGAGCGUGCAUAA